AUGGACGGGGGGCUCUUCCCUGAAAUCCAGUCCGAGAUCUUCUUGUAUUGCGCACGCAACGACGCCGACGACUUGCUCCACCCCUCCAAAGCCCCUCUCGUUCUCACCAGAGUGUGCAGGUCAUGGCGGGCGAUCGCACUGCAAUCGACCCCGUCCUUAUGGACGUUGCUGCAGAUCCCCCGUGUGGACUCGUACAACCACGAUUCUCUCUGUCGCGCGCUGGAGACCUGGCUGUCGCUGUCCAAUCGCAGGCCACUCACCAUCUCUGUCAUAGCGCCGGCCCAGCCCUAUGUCGACCGUCUCCUGGCCAUCAUCGGCGCGCAUUCUCAUCGCUGGAAGGACAUGGUCUUGCAACUGCCUGUGAUGCCUCCACUUGACGACGCGCCCCCUCUUCUCGAAAGGCUUGCCUUGACGACCUACGGGGAUCGUGGCAUCGAGUCCUUCGUUCCUGCCAUCCUAUCCGCAAAGCGUCUUCGUCACCUCGCCGUCCGUCCAGACUCGUGGCAUGAAGAGUUCCAAAGCCUCUUUUCAUCCCGGAUUCUCGAGGUCUUCUCCGCUCAUUGCUGGCAUCGCAGCCCAAGCUGGGACAUGGGUCGAUUUGCGGACAACGCCCGCGGCAGCCACCUGGUCGCUCUGCGGCUCUCUUUUCGGGAACUGGCUGUCAAGAACACGGACAUAGGGACCCGGUGCAUACUGCCCCGACUCGAAAGCCUCAACAUCAGCAUAGAGGACUGCGAUGCGAUCGCCGUCUUCAUCGACGCUCUCGAACUUCCUCGAUUGAAAUGUUUGGAGCUGUCCGCUGCACCACUACUAAAAAAAUCCAAGCGAAUAGGACCGAGUUUGCUUUCGCUCCUCUCCUAUUGCACUGACACGAUUUCGAAGAUUUGUUUGCGCUCUGUCCGUAUGCCACCCGCCCAUCUUCAAGCCGUCCUGGCCAGUGCCAACAAUAUACAGAGCCUGACCCUGACGAACACGUAUCAUGCCAGCCUCGUUCUCAAGCACCUGGCUCUAGUCUUCUCCCCCACAGGCGAACUGACUCGAGGACAGAAUACGAAUUUGUCAUACCUGUGCGUCCUUCCACAGUGGGAAGACGCCGACAAAUGUAGGUACUAUUGUAGGCAGCUGGUAAAAGUCGUCGAGUCUCGGAGGCGGUGCGGUAGGGUAGCCAAACUGAAAGGCUUGGGGAUUUGCACGCAAACGUGGAGCGAGGCAGAGGAAAAGGGCUUGGUCGAUCCCCUCCAUCGCAUGAUAUGGAGAGACGAAGGCUUGCGUGUACACGAAGGGGGUCGUAUGGAAACCGGCGACGAGUGGUUUGCCAGAAUGACGGACAACGCGUAG